CAAGUGCAUGGAAAUAAGUCUUCUGCUCAAAUAAGCGGAUUGGAAGCACAGAUUACUGGCCUUGAACUGGAGCUGGAAUCUCUGCUAGCCCACAAUAGAGACAUGGAGUUUAAGAUAGAGAACAAAGCAAUUGAAGCAAAACAACUGGAAGUGCAUAACAAAGGAUUACUAGCCCAAAUAUUGGAACUUGAAACGAUGUCUAAAGGGAGAGAAGACAAACUUUCUGCUCUCAUGAAGAAGCUUGAGAACAAUGAGAGUGAAUCAUUGUCCAGAAUAGAGAAUUUGACAUCAGAGAUCAAUAAUCUACGUACAGAUAUGGAUUCUUUACAUUCUCAUAAAGCAGAACUGGAAGAGCAGCUAGCGUGUAAAACUGAUGAAGCAUCAAUCAGAAUCAAUGGCUUGAUGGAUCAGGUCAAUGAAUUGCAGCAAGAAUUACUAUCCUUGCAUAGCCAAAAAGCUGAACGGGAGCUGCAACUUGAGAGCAAAUCUCAAGACAUUUCAGAAUACUUGAUCCAAAUUGAAAAAUUGAAAGAGGAGAUGGUAAGCAAAAGUCAGGAUGAAAAGAGAAUUCUGGAAGACCAAAGAAACUUGAUGGAGCAGGCAAGGAAUCUGAAAUUGGAGAUGGAUUCACUCCAUACAUUGAAAAGUGACUUGGAAGAGAAGAUAAAGUCUAAAAUUGAGGAGAAUGGCCAGUUGAGGAAGAAGAAGCUGGAGCUACAAGACAAAGUCUUUGAAUUGGAGAAAACAUUAGCAGAGAGAGUACUUCGCUUUUCAGUUCUUGAGGAGAAACACAUACACUUGGAGAAUGAAUCUUCAGCAGAAAUAACAGCCUUACAAGAAAAAGUUGCCGAUCUCCAACAGAAGUUGGAUUCUCUCCGGACACAGAACAACGGAAUGAUAGUUCAAUUUGAUAGAGAGAAAAAAGAAUAUUUGGAAAGCCUAGUUCAUUUGGAGAAUCAGAGAUCUGAAUUGAUGAACCAGAUAAGUAAUCAGCAGAUAAUGCUGAAAGAGCAGGAGGAAGCAUAUGACAAGUUAAGCACGGAAUAUAAACAGGUUGAGGGUUUGCUCCAGGAGUCUAGGAUCAAUCUUGAAGCUGCAGAGAGAAAAUUGGGAGAAAUGGCAGAAGAUCUCCAUAAGAAUGCAGAAUCGAAAGACCAGAUGGUAGCUGAUUUAAAAAAAGAGGUUGAAGACCUUCAAAAACAUCUUGAAGUAAAACAGGGUGCACAUAAUGAGUUAAUGAGCCAGAUCGCAGAUAAAGAGAGAAUGGUAAAAGAACAAGAGGAUGCCUUCAAUGUGCUACAUGAGGAGUGUAAACAAGCCAAAAGUUCAUUUCAGGAAUGCACAGCAAAGCUUGAAGCCACAGAAAGGAAGAUGGAAGAAAUGGCUGAAGAAGUCAGGAAGAAUAUGUCUUCUAAGGACAAUGUGGUGGCUGAUUUGGAGCAAACAGUUGAAGACCUGCGAAGAGAUCUGGGAAAUAAAGGAGAUGAGCUUAGCACUUUGGUUGAAGAAUGUCCGCACAAUUGA